AUGAACGUGUAUUAUAAUAUAUUGAUAUUAUGUCUUGGUGUAUAUUGUACACUUGGAGAAAAAGAAAAAGUACCAAAUGAACCAGUUGAUCAAAAACACACAAAAGAUGGUGAACAUAAUCCACAUUAUGAUCAUGAAGCUGUUAUAGGAUCCAAACAAUUAGAACAUGAAUUUGAUGAAUUGCCUCCAGCAGAAGCCAUUCAAAGAUUAGAAAACUUAGUGAAACAUCAUGAUUUAAAUGCAGAUAACAUAAUCACACAUGACGAACUGAAAAAAUGGAUAUUAGCUUCUUACAUGAGUUUGGAUGAAGAAGAAUCAGAUGAGAAAUUUCAAGAAAAUGAUGUGGAUGGAAAUGGUAAUGUCUCAUGGAGAGAAUUAGUGAAAAAAGAGUUUGGUUAUGAUUUAGAAGAUAUUGAAGAUUUUAAGAAAAACACUGAUAAACAAGAACCAGAUACUAAAGAAUUUUUACUGAUGUUGGAUGAAGAAGAGAAGAGAUUUAUGACUGCUGAUACUGAUAAUAAUGGUAAUCUAGAAAAACAGGAAUUCCGUGCAUAUUACCAUCCUAAUGAAUAUCCUCAUAUGCAUGGUGUUGAAAUUGAAAGAGCUUUAAGAACGCAUGAUAAAAAUAAAGAUAAUCAGGUUUCCAAAGCAGAAUUUAUAGGAGGUUUGUUGUUCCUAGAAGAUAGAGAAGUAUAUUUAACAGAAGAAGAAAAUUUUAAUAGUUUUGAUCUAGAUGGUAAUGGUAAACUAAGCCAAGAUGAAGUGCGAGCCUGGGUCAUACAAGAUAACAACCAGGCUGCAGAAGAUGAAGUUCUUCACUUAAUAUCACAAGCUGAUGAUAACAAAAAUAAUGAACUAACCCUGGCUGAAAUUUUAGAGCAUUAUGAUGAUUUUGUGGGUUCAGCCACUGAUUAUGGGCAUAAAUUAUCGGACGAAUUAUAA